AGAAGGAACAGAGCUUGACUUACAGCAGAGUACUUGCUCCACAGAGUGCAACACAGAAUAAUUCAUUUUUAAUCAGUGGGGUUCAUUUUUUUUCUGUCUCUCUCUAGUCAUAAGAGAAGGUUUUUGCAUAUUUUAUUUUCUUGGCUCAAGUCACAAUUAAGAACUUCUUUUACGCAAAGUUUGGCUCACUGGGCGGGACUCACAUUAGAGUUUAUAGGAGGCUGAGACGCGGUCCGUGUUUGUUCGAUUCUUCUGAAGCGGUACGAUGGAACUCGUGGUGUUGGUGGCGUUCAGCUCCUGGCUGGCUCCUGCACUUGGAUCAGCGUUUGGCAGGGAGGUGCUUGCCUCAGGAAAGAAGAACAACAUCCAAGCUUCAUCAGCAGAUGAGGAUAAAGACUAUGACAGCGCUUUCCAUUACGAUUAUGAAUCCCUGAGAAUCGGAGGCCUGGUUUUUGCCGUGGUGCUCUUCCUCCUCGGCAUCGCCCUCAUUGUCAGCCGAAAAUGUACCUGCUCAAAGAACGACAAGUCAAGACCCAGAGGCCCUGAUGUGGAACCAGGUGUCCCGAGAGCUUAAUGGACACAGAAGCAGAACUUUUCUCUGAACGUUACCAGUAGGUGGCAGCAAAUACUGUGAUCACAGCAGAAGACAAUCCUUCCAUGAACCCACAACAUGGAGCUUUCUUCACUUUCAGAAUCUUACUGUACUCCUUUUUUUUUCUCUCUCCCUUUUUUUAACGUUUUUAUCACCAAUAACUGUAGGUAGAUGAUGUGCCGACUUUAUACAGUAGCAAUAGUUUGAUUAACAUUUGUAUUUUUUUGUGAUUUUCAAAUUGAUGCAAAAAAUAAUAAAGCCGAUGUUUGAAAAUGUA